UGAAACAGAAGAUGAAAUAAGAAUUCUCUUGAUUGGAAAGACCGGUGCAGGAAAAAGCAGGACAGCAAACACAAUCUUAGGAACGGAGAAAUUUUUAUCAAAAGCAUGUAUGCAUGCAGUAACACAUGAAGUACAAUAUGGUAAAGUCGAAAUCGAAGGAAAACGGCUAAUGGUGGUUAAUUCGCCGGGAUUUUGUGACUUGGCGAUGAAAGAAGAAGAUAUUGAUAGAGAACUACGAAGAUGUGUUGAAUGUACCUCUCCAGGAUUGCACGCCUUUGUACUUGUAACGGGAAUCGGUCGAUUUACCAAUGAUGAUCAUUUAGUAUUGCAAAAAUGCAAAGAAAAGUUUGGAGAUCAUAUGAAAGAGUAUUUAAUUGUUCUGUUUUCCCGAUGUGAUGAUAUUGAAAGAAAAGGAAGUUCGAUCGAAAAGUUUCUAUCAGAAGGUGAUGACCAGCUUAUGAAUAUUCUUGAAAAGGCAAAGAACAGAUACAUUGCCUUAAAUGACAAUGCUCCUGAGGACCAAAAACAAAGGAAAGUGGUAAAAUUGAAAUACAUGAUACAGCGUUUGAUGAAGGAAAAUAAAGGUAAAAUUUUUACCAACAAGAUGUACCAAGAGGUAGAAGAAGCUUACCAAAAGAAAAAGUUAGCAGAGGAGAUGAAAAGAAAAGAAAAGGAAGAAAAACGAAAACAUUUACAAGAAAUAACCAGACGAGAAGCUGCUCUAAAUAUGGAAAGAGAAUUGUUUGAGAAAAGGAAAGCUGAAGCUGAGGCAGCAGCUAUUAGUCACACGAAACUACUUGAGAAAAAAUAUGAAAAAGAGAAAAAAGAACUUGAGAAUAAAGUAAGAGAAUGUGAGGAAGAAAUUGAAAGAGAAAAAAUUGGGCGUAUAAUGAUUAACCUACAAGAUGAAUAUCAGAGACGAAUACGGUCUCUAAAGGAAAGUAACGAUCAAAUAACAUGAAACUUGGAAGAUAAACUUCAAGAAAAAGAAAGAGAGUCUCGAAGGGAAAAAGAAGAAUUUCAUCGUCAAUUUGAGGCCAUGAUGUCCGAAAUGAGAGAAAUGCACAAAAAGAACCUUGAACAGCACCGCGAGACACACAGAGAAACUACGAGCAAACCUCAAUCGAGUGGAUCCAGAUGCAUAUUAUCUUGAGC